GUGCUGCGUUUUGUUUCUGCUGCCAGUAAAGCCAGUAAAAGUCAGAUGUAAUAACGUCAAGUCUGAAAGAUAAUUUUCAUUACAUAUUUAAUUUUAAGAAAUUUGCUUCUUCGAGUGACAGUGAUGACAAUGAAGAAUUAUUAAAUAUUAUAAUAAAUAAUAAUAGAAAUAGAAAUAAUAGAAGAGUUCCAAAAUAAAAAUUAUUUGGAGCAUGUUGUUGCACUAUACACAGAUAUCGAAUUUAAAUCACAUUUUAGAAUGGAACGUAAUACUUUUAAUUUUUUAUUAUAUUUGAUUGGACCAAAAUUAAACAAUAUUCCAUUUAAAGGAAGAGAACAAAUUGAUGUUACAAAACAACUAUUAAUUACUAUUUAUGUUUUAGCAACACCAGAUUCAUAUCGCUCCAUAAGUGAACGAUUUGAUGUGUCCAAAUCAACUACUUGGUUUAGUGUGAAGAGAGUAGUUAGAGCAAUAUAUAGUAUUCGAAAUCAAUUUAUUAGAUGGCCUACCUAUGAAGAAGCUGAAAAUACUUGGACAAACAUUCAAAGACUAUAUGGCUUUCCUAAAGUUCUUGGCAUUAUUGAUGGAACGCAUAUAAAUAUUCCUCGACCGAAAGAAGAUGGCAAUAGUUAUAUAAACAGAAAAGGCAGAUUUUCUGUACAGUUACAAGUGAUAUGUAAAAGUGAUUUGUCUUUUAUUCAUGUAUUUGCUGGAAUGCCAGGAUGUGUCCAUGAUAUGCGCGUGUUUCUUUAUUCCGGAGUACAACAAUAUUGUACUCCAGAGUAUUUUCCCGACAAUAGCCAUUUAUUAGGCGAUGCAGCAUACAAUAUCCAAAAAAAUGUUAUGGUGCCAUUCCAUGAUAAUGGUCACUUAACUAGAGAACAAAAAAAAUUUAAUCAUCGCUUAUCAUCUGCCCGAAUAACUGUAGAAAGAUCAAUAGGACUAUUGAAAGGACGAUGGCGAUAUUUAUUAGAUAAAUUACCUAUGACAAGAACUAAUUUAAUUCCUUAUUAUAUAAUUACUUGCUGUAUAUUGCAUAACAUAUGUUUAUUACAAAAUGAUCGUAUUGAAAUCCCUAUUAUUGUUCCUGAAAUAUUGCAUGAAAUGGAACCAUUAGGUAUCACUAAUAUCUUAAAGGAAGAAGGAAAUAUUAAAAGGAAUAGACUGAUCGAAAUAAUUGCUCAUGAUGAUUUUGAAAGAAGAAUUAAUAAUUAAGAUUCGUAACUGCAAAAGGAUAAGAUAUUGUAUUAUUUAUUUAUCUUUUAUAAUAAAAUAUAUGUAUUGAUAUGUGAUUUUGUUUUUGUAUCCUAUUAUGUUGAACAAUUGACUAACUUUAGCUUAAAAAAUAAAUGAACACAAUAUUUAAAUUAAAUCACAGAUGAAAACUCAUUUCAGUUUUCUAUAUAAAACAAAAUAAUCUCUUCUAUGUAAAAAA